CAUACUGAAAUAUUGCUUGAGAGACAGACUUUUGGAAGACUACAUGGGCUGUCUCCUAACUGCACCAGGGCAAGGAAGCCAUGAGUCUGUGAACUGGACAUAAGGAUAUAAACGGGACAAUUUGGGAACUUUAUACUGAGCUGUAUAUGGAAAGUGUUUAAAAUAUUGUUAUUGUGGGAAUUAUAUGAAUUGCCUGCACCUCACUGAGAAACAUUUAAAUGAGGGCAUAGCGAUUAUAAAUGCUGUUCAUUUUGCUGAAGACCCAAAUUUUGCUUUAUAUGGAGUGAUCCAUGAAGAGGAUAAGCCUCUGGUACCCUACUCUGAACACUUAAUUGGGACAAAAAUGAUAAAUUCCUGCUCCAGGGAAAAGUUUAGCCAGGAAAACCACAAUUACCAUGUGCAAUUUUACCACAGAAAGGUAAAAAUUAAUUUAAAAUGGGUUAUCUGUGACUGUGUUAAUAUAACUACAUUAAGUCAUAAUAUUGGUUGUAAUCAUUUGUCCCCAAACAGAAACCCUUCUCCCAAAAAGGAAAAUCAGAACAAACGUGCACCUCCAUGCCUUUACCCUGUAGUGAAAGUGAUCUCACUCAAUACCUCCAAAGAAGGAAGAGAUGCUUCAGAGAAUCAGUUCCUAGAAAUGCCAGAGGGACAGGAACCAGAUCAAAGCCCUCUAACAGCACUAACUCAAAACCACAGAAAUGCUCAUCCUAAGGAUCAGAACCCUGAAGGUCAGGAUGCUAAAAAGACAGAGCAGAAGGACAUGGUGAAAAAACAGAAAAGACUACAUGGUUCUUCAAAGGAAAACACACCACCAAACCCUGAGAGAACCAUGUGUAAAACACAAGAAUUCACUGUUUCAAAGCUGGUGCUUUGGGGCCUGUGAAUAAGAAACUCAGGACUGGUUGCACACACAAUUUAGAGAAGUCUCAGAAGGAGAUUUUUCACCUGUUUUUGAAAGAUGAUUAUUGUGAAAACAACAAGAGGGGAUCUUUGGGCGGUGCAGGCAGAUUUACACAUUACAGAAAGAGUGUGCAGCAUGAUUUGAAAGACCAUGAUUAUUGUGCCAACAAAAAGGGGGGAUCUUUGGGGGUGUGGGCAGAUAUAGACAUUGCAGACAGUGUAUUCAGAGUGUUUUGAAGAUCACGGUUAUUGUUGGAGCAAAAGGUCAGAUUUUAAAUGGAGAGUUGGUGGUAAACUCAGGAGUAAGUAGCUUGUGAGACAAAAAGUCAGGGCCUGGUUAAAAAUGACUUGUAAAAGCUAAAUGUCUGUUGAGAACAAAAAGUGAGCCCCUAGUGAUGGUGAUUCACAUGCCCCUCCUGAAACUGGAGUUGGAAAGUAAGGGUGGUGAAUGUGAUUCAGGGGACCCAUUAGAGAAUCCCUCAAGUGCUUCCCCUCCUGAGCCUCUGAAGUCAGAGAGUGAGGGUGGUGGAUGUGAUUCAGGGAGUCCCUCAAAUGCUUCCCCUUUGCCCGAAUUUAUGGCAUCAGAGAGUGGGGGUGGCGGAUGUGAUUCAAAGGACCCAAUAGAGGAUCUCUCAAAUGCCCCACCUCCUCCUGAGCUAGUGGAGGAUGUCUGGGCACACUUAGAUAUGAUAUGGGUGAGAAGGUGGGAGUGCUUGGAGGUUUAGAACAAGGUUUGCAGCUCGGAGGUAUGCAUGUCAUACUAUAUUUCGACAGUGGCUUAAACUCCUGGACUUUUACCAAGGAGAAGAACAGAACAAAAACAAUGUUUCAGUAUAAUGGAAUCACCUUUCAGGAAGUGAAUGAAGUUCAGAAGACUAGCAAAUGAACAUGCUGUUUUGUACAGCUUUCUUUUUCUCUUUUUGCAGUUCAAAAAUAUAGUAAUAUAGAAUAUGUUUAUCUUAUAUAAUUUAAUACUGAGUAGUUUUCUCUCCAUUUAUUUGAUUAUACAUCUUACGUCUGAUGUUAGACUAGUGACAGGGUACAUAGUUUGCAACAGGUUUCCCUUGAGAAAAGAUCCUACUGAUUUCUCUCUCCUCCAUAUAUUCUUUUCCCUUUAAUUAGCUCAUGCAGAUUUAAAAGGACAUGAUUUCCCUGACACGACAUCAGUCAUUUUCUGCAGUAAAUAGUCACAGGGCAGUGUAUCACACUGAAUAGAGGACUUGAUUCUGUUCCUGGCUUUGCCACUAGACUGUCAAGUAGUCCUGGGCAAGUCAUUUUACUUCUCUAUGCAUCCACAACAUAGGGAGGAUAAUACUAACCCCCUUUGUACAGCACUUUGAGCUUCAUGGAUGAAAAAGCAGUAUAAGAGAUAUGUAUUAUUUCCUCCAUUCCCAGAACUCUCCUUUUAGGAGUUUGCAAAGCUUAUGUCCUCCUUUCAGGUGGGAGUAUUUUUGUACUGUAAUCUAGUUUGGCAACAUAACAAGAUGGAGAUUCUGUCUUGUGAGCUGAAUUGGAGACAGAAUAUAUUGUGAGCAGCGAUAGUUUUUAGUCCUCAAUCUUGAGGAGCAUACGACUCCCAGAAAAAAUUGAGAAACAUAUCUCAAAAACAGUGGCAAAGGCACCUGGAAGGACUCUAAUGGUGUUUUGGCCUAAUGUAGGACCAUUUCAUGCUAUUGAUUUUUUAAGAACUAUAGUUGAAAUGUAGUGAAAAUAUUUUUCCCUGGCCAGCUAUUUUCAGGCUAAUGUUCUUUUGUAGACUUCCCAAGGAUAAUAGUGGAAACAGAGUUGCAGACUUAACCCUAGAAAAAACAUUGCCUUCAUAGUCCUGUGGAAGAUAUGUUAGUAUAAAAGCACUCAGUAUGAGAAAAUCACAUACACACACACAAAUUUUUUGCAGUAUUGAGUCAAUGUUUAGUAUUUCUGAGCCCAAGCUCACAAGGAUUUGUACAGUGCUAUGUCAUUCAGGGGCAGAUGAGCUCCGGCAGAGCCAACAGCCUUCCAUACCUGGAGAGUAGAUGGGCACCGCCAGGUCACUCUGCCUGAAGAAUCACCAGUGAUGCAAAGCAACUCAAGUAACCUCAGCCAAACAGGGUAGAGUGGAGGAGGGUUAUUAUAACACCAAUGGUCGCAGCGGCCUCAGGACUGACUUGACGAUGCCAUUCAGUAGCUUCUAUUUUGAAGACUUCUCCGUUUUAGAUGGCUGUCACAAGUAUGUUUUUUGUGGAGGUUGAUGGAAAUGUAGAAUGCUUUACCUCCUGUGUGUCACACACAAGCAGUUACUAAGCACUCCCAUUACAAAUGUGUCAAGACCAAAGUGUGUAUUUGCUAUGUAGGAUUCUGGUCCCAGUCUGACUGGAAUCCAUAGCAAAUCCCUCUGACUUCAGUUGGUUCUGGGAAAUUCUGUUUUCUCAGAGAGAACUCUUCUUGGUUCAGAAGGAACUUUAACUACAUAAAUGUGGUCUCUUGGUUUCAUUUCACUGGGUUUUAUUUCACAACCACCUGGCCUAACGUUAACUUGGGGAGGGGACAACCUAUUGCUUUUAUUAAUUGCACUUGGUUGUUGUGGAUCAGCACUUUUAAAUCCCAUAUUAGUUGGGCCCACUUCUUUGUCUCAAAAGUUAUGCAUCUCUGGCCUAAAACAUGUAUAAACUGGUCAGAGGUCCCAUAAUUUAGGCACCUGCUAUUGAGUGUAUCAGUCUGAGCUUCAUGCAUCUUAGAUGUAAGCCCACCAUGUUCUAAAAAGUACUUUCUACUAAGGGGAACCAUUAUUUCAAGUCCAUCAUAGAUGAUUUAAGAUUUCUGUUAACUUUGUUCCCUCCUUUAUCAAUCACAAAAUUCAGGUCCUUGCUUUAUGAAUUAUGUAUUAUUUUAUCCCAAAGAAUACUAGGUAGCAGUCAACAGUAAAUUAUAUAUUGUGCAGGGCUUACAUUUAUAUCCAGCAAAGUCUUUGUUUAGAAUAAACCUUCUGAUUUUUAAUAUUGCAAACUUGUCUGGGGAUGUAGUUUGGCUGCAAAUAUUGCCAGUAAUUUUCCUUCUUUGCAGUGCUACUUUUUUUGUAAGAAGAUAUAACUGCUACAAUGAGAAAAUCCCUCUUGAACCUACUUCUGAAUACCAGAUUUCCCACUAAUAAAGAACAAAGCCUAGUUUCUUCAA